ACUGCAAAAUCGCUGUCGAGCGUCACUUUUUGUAAGGAUGCAGCUGCUGCUGAGGCUCCACAAACUCCGGAUUAUCGAAAGAAGCUGCGCGUCGUGGGGUCCAAACGAGAAAGCCACGUCUUGGGCGAGCGAGAGAGGAGGAAGGAAAUGAAUCAGCUGUUUGCGCGGAUGGAAGCUGUGUUGCCUGAGCCACCUCCAAAGAUGACCAAGCCAGCUUUGGUGGACGAGGUUCUAAAGUACAUUCAAGGACUACAAGUCGAGCUCGAAGAUCUUUCCGAGAAACGAAAGGCCGCACAGAAGGCAGCGCGGAUGCGACGUGCUCUCCAUCCAACGCCAGCGCCAAAUGUGGCUGUGACUAUGUGCGGAAGCAGUGCACUCGUGACUGUGAUCAGCAAACGGCAGCAAGACCUCUUCAGCAAGAUUCUUCAUUUGGUAGCCAGGUUUCAAGUGGAACUGGUCGGCGCGAGCGUCUCUACUGCUAGUUCAUCCAUGUUUCAUCACAUUCAUAUCAAGGUAAACAUCCCCCUUUGUUCCUCGGUUUUCUCCUCACAUUGCGUCUGGCAGGCUUGUAAGCAGGAUUUCUCUUCCGAGGCUCUUGAAGAGGCUCUCCGGCAGCUGGUUAGUAGAUGAUACAUCACUACCUAUUGACAGUGUCCCUUCCGGAAGAAUCACACAAUUAAUAUAGUUUAGGCAGUUUGUCAUCACAUAGAAUAAGCUUGCAAUCUCACAAGGUAUAUAUAUAUUAGUACCACCAUGAAACAAAGCUUGAACAGAGUAAUGUGUGAUUUUCAAG